AUGAAAACCCGAACUGUUGAAAGCAAGUAUGAGGGUGAUACUCAGCUGCGAAGAGUUUGGAAGGCUCUUGCCGGGUCUGAUAGUGGAGAUAGAGUUUGUCAGGGUGGGGUGACGGUUGAGAUACUAGCGGAAUUUGAGAGAACGUUACAAGCUUCGUUACAGUGUGCGCGGAAAGGUUUCAUACGGCAAUGUAUACGGAGGCCAAAGUGUAAGAAUAAGAUCAAGGAAAGGGCACACCUGCAAAAACUACUCCACCGUAUCCGAUUGGAGGUAACCGGGAAAAGAGAAAGAAGAAGACCAAACAAAAGUGAAAGAUCUAACAUAAGUGCAUUACGUCUGGGACUCGGAAGCCGGUGUUGUACGGCGAAAUUGAUUAGAUCGGCAGUAGAAAGCAAGAUGAGAGUUAAGAUAUUGAAUAAUAGAAUAGAACUGCGAAAGGAUGAUACGAAUACAAGAACGCUCAGAUUGCGAUUCGCAGCACAGCCCAGUUUAAAACCGCUAAUCUUAAAAGAUAAUGAAAUCGAUAAAAGCCCGUUACAAGACAAAAUUGUCAAGUUUUGGACACCUAUAGUAGGUGAUAAGAAAGAGACUUACCCUAAAGAGAGUGAAGAGUAUGUGCCAUCAGAAGAUAAUCCGGCUGAUAUGGGAUCUAGGGGAUGUACUCCAAAUGAAUUAAAAAAUAAUGACCUUUGGUGGUCAGGUUCAGACUGGUUAACUGAGCCAUUUAGUAAGUGGCCAUUAGACAUACAGUUAGAUAUGCAGCAAUCUAGUGUUAAACUAGAAGAAAAUAAAGAAGAAAAAAGUACAGUAUCCUCCAAUUAUAAAGUGAGAAAGCAGCUCUGUGAUGACAUAAUGUUAAGCACUGAUGCUGAAACUAUAUUAGUCAAACAAACUCAAAUAAAAAUUGACAAUAAUAAAAUACAAAAAUGGAACCUACACAGAGAUUCAAAUAAAUUAUAUAGAGUACAUGUGCGAUUAGGCAAUGCAUCUUAUUGGAAACCUUCUCUGUAUCUACCUAAUGAUGACAGACUAACGUAUUUGUUAAUUUUAAAGUGCUAUGAGCAAAAUAUGCAUGCUGGAGUCUCGCAUACUCUAAGUCUAGACUAUAUGGGACCAACUAAUGUAGAUAAUUCUACCUAUAGAAAAGUUAUGGUUUCUAAAGUUUGGAUUGCUUUAUUUACCUGUUUUACUACUAGAGCAAUACACUCAGAGCUAGCUGAUGAUCUAAAAACCAACGGAGACGAAAAUUAUAUUAUUAAUACACUUGGUAGUGCUCCGGGAUGUCAGCCUCAAGAAGAACAAUGUGUAACAAAAGAGAAUACCCUUACAUGA